GAUUUCUCUAUUGCUAUGUGCAUAAUAUGUGGCUAUAUUAGUCGCGGUUGUUUGAAACACCUGGUACUCGGUAGUCGCCCUCGCCCGUCGGUUUGCCAAUUUGCCAAUUAUUGUCGAUAUUUACAAAUCUGGUUCGUAAUUGUGCACUGUUCGUCGUUUCAAUAAAUCAUGGAUUUUUAUAAUAAACACUUCCACCGGCUGAUCAGUAGUGUGGAUCCAAACGGCAUGUUGAAUGUGCCACUUAACGUGUUCACUGAUGGAAAAUGUCUCGAUAGAUAUUUUAGGACGAAUAACGAUUUUCGGAAAUUGGAUGUGCCCUGGAUGUGUGAUCAAUUAAUUAUACUUUUGCACAACUUUGAGAAUGUAGUUGCUAUUUCUUCAACCUUAACAUUUUUACAAAAUGACUUUCAACGUAUUAAAUAUCCAUUUGUUUUGAUAAGUCAAGCUUAUAUUGGCUUAAUUUUAAUACAUACAAAUGCUACAAAAGUGUAUUACAGUUAUUGUACUAAUUCAACAAAGACCUUGUAUAAGAACAAAAUAGCAGUAGUCAAAAUACCUAAAAAGAAACAAAAAAAGGAAUCCGAAGCUACUAAUGAAUCACAUAACAUAGAAUCUAUGCAAAGCCAGGAAGUUCAAUCAUUAAAUCAACAUCAAGUAUCUAGUUUAGAAACAAACCGCAAUGAGAUAGAUAUUCUUAUAAAUCGUCCAAGACACACUUUAAAUACUAUAGAAAUGAAACAACUCGAGACAAAUGUUCCACACCAAAUAGCUCUUAAUAUGCCAAUACUGCAUAAUCAAAAUAUGCUUAAUGUGAACAUUGAAGAAAAUAUUGGUGAUGUUUAUAAAAUAUCAGAUUUAGACCCACUACAAUUAUUCAUUCAAACAACUGAAGAAUUUCCAGUUAUUAAUCAAGAUGUUCUCACCGAUGAGAAUCCUCUUUUAUCCAAAAAUGAUUUUAGACUACAAUUAAUGGACUUUGAUGUACAGCCUAAAAAUAAUGCACCACAACAAUUUAUAGAACAAUCACAAUAUGCAAUAAAUUUACUAGAUCAACAAAUUAGAACAGAACUACCUCAGCAUUCAACAUAUCAACAAGAACAACAAUUACAAGUUAAGGAAACUAAUGAAAAUUGUACUCCUGAAAAUUUAACAAAUCAAUCACUAAAAAGAAAAAGAUCUAAUUUACUUCUAAAAAAAAAAUUUAAGAAAAAACAGAUUGAACAAAACAGUAAAGUACUUAGAAACAGGUUGAAGAAACUUCAAGGAGAAAUGUUUGAUAGACCACUUGAAUGUUUGAUGUUGAAGUGUACUAAUCAAUCUAUAGAUCAUUUACCAAUAAGAUAUGCUAUGUACCGUUAUAAACUUGUUAUACCAUUUGCUGCUCUAACAUUAAAUAUGGAAUUAGAAGAAAACAAAAAUUUAGAUGAUGUUUUUAAUAGUGAAAUUACCAUGGAUAAUUACAAAACCAAUGAAGAAAAAUUAAACGACUAUAAUACUUCAAACAUUUGUAUUUAUAAACAUUGCAAAAACAAUUCAUUACCUCAUUUAACUCUACUUCCUUUAGUUGAAGAAUGUUUAACCAAUAAUAGUUUAGUAUGGCGAGAUACAAUUAAUGAGAUAAAUAAUAAGUUGGAAGAUAGUUUAAGAGAAAUUUCACCCAUCUCUAAAAUUGAUCAGACCAAGUGGAAGAAAUUUAAAGACAAAUUAAAUUAUAAAGUGAAUCAAAGUUUAGUAGCCCAUAAAACACUAGUUGGCCCUGAACUAUCUCAUAUAGAUAUACCACAACCUAUUAUGACAUUUCCAUCUCUUAGUGAAGUUGAUAAACUUCUAAAUGGUAAAACAAUGAUUGAACCACAUAAUUCAACUGAGAUACCUCCAUUUAAUACAGAAAAUAUUUGUCCCAUGCCUUCUUUGUCUUUAAUAACAAAAUCUGGAUCACCUCAAUUGUUACCACCCGAAAAGUCUUUGAUUAAUCAUGUUGAAUUAAACAUUAAUAUUGACCAAGAAAAUAAUGCGAUAAAUCAAUUUGAACAGAAAAAACUGCAGAAUAUUCAAAAUAUUGCUGAACAAAUUGAAGAAUGUCAUCGACAAUCUAUUGACAUAAAAAAAAUAAUAUCUAAUAUUUUAAAACAAUUUCCAAAAAAUUGUUCACGUUUGAUGUUUACUGAUAUUUGUCCUAUUCACAUAACUAAUAGACGAUAUGCUAUUUCAGUUUUGGUAGAGAUUCUAGGAUUACAUAAAGACGGAAUCCUCAAAUUAAAUCAACCUUCUAAAGCAACAAACCCCUCAUCUAUUUCAAUUGAAAUAAUUAAUUACAAUUUUUUUUGAAUGUCCUUUUUGUAAUUUUAGUUUUAUAUUGUUUUUACUGAUGUUUAUACAAUGAUUUUUCUAUACU